GACCGCCUGGAGCUGUCCACGGCCUGUGGUGCUGAAACGCACAGGGCCAAACCCACAGAGCUCCUCGGUAUCUCUGCAGGCGCUAAAUUCUAAUUAUACGGUUAAAUGGCCCUAUUAUAUCCACCUUUUACGCAUGACUGGGUCUUGUGACAAAUCAACAAGGUGACAAAAAAAAAGAAAUUAGUGAAUCAAUUUCAACAAGUCUGUCCACUAACUGAAACUUUUUUUUUUUUUUUUGUCUCUGUUUCGUUCUGGUAAUCUGAUCGUGACAAAGCCUAUCAGUCCCCGCUCAUGGGUUGCGCCCCGGGCCGGUUACACAACAAGUCUGUGAUCAUCUGGAACCAGGACAAUCACCGGGACCGGAAUACGAAGCCGCUUUCCCCUCCUAUGAUUGGCUACUGAGCGCCGCUGCUUCCGUAAACACUCAAAUAUGCAGAGAAAACCCUAUAGCUGCAUCGAAAUCUAAUGUUUUUUCUUGUCAGUUUUGCCCGAAAAUGGCGGAGGAUGUUCAUGCAGAUGGAGACUGUGGCACAAUUCCGACAGACUUUCGCAAAUCGUCUUCCAGUGAGGAGUACGACUGUAAAAUAUGCUUCAACUACUACGACCUGGAGCGACACACUCCCAAAAUCCUGGACUGUUCCCACACCUUCUGCCAGGAGUGUCUGGAAACUCUGCAUUCCAGGGAAGGACGAGGAUGGAGAAUCUGUUGCCCAGUGUGCCGCCACCGAACCCCGGUACCGGAGUAUCGGGUUCAUAAUCUUAACGACAGCACUGCAAUGACAGAGGCGAUCCGGCUCAGAAAACACGACCCUGUGUCUACUGCAGUAAACAGCGACGAGCAAACAGGUCCAAGUGCGUCCCCUGAGACCCCCCAGGACAGAGGGGACAGCUGCCAGACGUGCAAACACAUUGCGUUUAUGACCGGCUGCGUCUGCGCCAUCUUCUCUUUCCUGUCCAUGGUGGUGCUGCUGUUUCUUGGCCUCAUAUUUGUACAUAAUUUUAAUAACCCCACGUCGCCUAUCGGUCCUGUUUGCUUAUUCGUGGGUAGUGUUCUCGCACUAUUUUCCAUUAUAUUCACGUGGUUGAUGUGCAUGUUGAAGUACAGACCUGAAACCGAGGGAAGCCAAGUUCCAUUUGUUGUAAUAUGAUGUCAUUUCUGGCUGCAGUGGGGUUAGUAUGGAUGAUACAGUCGUGGAAAAAAUGAUUAAACCAGUGGUUCCCAACCUUUUUUGGCUCGUGAUCCCAUUAUAACAUCACAAAUUUCUGGCAACC